AUGGAAUAUAUGACAGUACUGAAGGAGUUGCUAGAAAAACAAGCACCGGCAGAUGACGAUGCCGGUGAGCCUAGCGUCGUUACCGCCCCUGACUUCAAAAAACGCUAUUUAAUAUUAAUAUCCACUGUUAUGACUUGGGCUUCCACCAAACCCUUAGAUCCGGAUAAUCCUGAAAUGCCUUUUGUAGAAACAGAUUUUCGAAAAAGGAGGCCGCAUCCUAAUUAUAAAAUGCAUUAUGACGUAGAAAAUGAAGUUAUUGGCAUAGCUAGAAAAUAUAGAAAACUUAUAGGAGCAAUAGUAGUAGCCUCUGGACUGACCUAUGGAGGCAAGGAAGACGUGCUUUUCUUCUGGUUUCAAAAAGCAUGGGAGUGUGAACCGAUUCUUCCUAUCCUAGGUCGAGGAAACAAUUCAGUGCCUUUGAUCAAUAUUGUGGACUUGGGGACAAUUGUCCACAACUUAAUAAUGGAUUUCCCGAAGAAGUUAUACGUAUUGGCAGUAGAACAGACCGUUUCGAAACAAAGAGAUAUAAUAAAACCACUUGGACGACAAAUUGGUUCUGGAAUGUUCAAAUGCAUUCCACCAGAAGACGCCUUUUUGACUCCAGAAAUCGAUCAAAGAAUUUACGAUUUGAUGACUCUCAAUUUGAACAUGGAGCCAACUUUUAUCGUUGAGACAAUGGGACUGCAGUGGACUUUCGAAGGGACCUUCGCUGAUAACAUACCCGUUCUUAUGAAGCAAUUUAAGAAAGAGAGAGGAUUGAAACCAUUUAAGAUUAUCGUGUAUGGUCCGCCUAUUUGUGGAAAAACAACCAUGGCAAAAAGUAUUUGUGAUACUUACGGUCUUAUUUACGUUUCCCCUGAAACCGUGGCCCAAGAUCUGCUGGAAGAUUUAACAUGGCGCGUGCAACAUUGGGAUAUUGGUGAAACAGCAGCGAUAGCUGAUCCAAAUCCUGAGGAAGAAGACUUGGGAAUGGAUGAUGAAGACCAGGGUGAAGACGAAGAAAUUCAAGAACAAGCUAGACAAACCUUGGCAUUACUCCAGUCGGGGCGUCCGCUUUCCGAUGAAGAAAUUAUUGUGUACCUUCGUCAAAAGUUGUUAAGUCGUGAGGCUCUCAACAGAGGAUGGGUACUUGACGGGUUUCCCAUGACCCAAGCACAAUGUCAAACAAUAUUUGAAAAAGGAGAGGAGCAGGAAUCUGAAGGUGGAGAAGAAACUCGUGACGAACCGUUUGAUGAAGAUGUUGAUUUGUAUAGCAAUGUGCUUAAGAAGCUAUUGCCAGAUAUUGUAGUAUCGCUGGAAGCUACUGAUGAGUUUAUUUGCGAAAAAGCUAUGAGACAACCGGAAGGAUACUCUCGUCUGGAUGAAGAGACUACACUGAGAAGAUUAAGUGAAUUCCGAGCUGGUGAUACCCGAGAAAUUACUCCGCUUAAUUUCUUUGACGAAUUGGAUAUACAUCCAAUAGUGGUUCCUGUGAAAGACCAUACAGAUUACGAUAUGAAGGGCCCAUACACCGCCGUAACACUGCGAAUGGGUCGACCUUGCCGUUAUGGAAAACUUCUCGCACUUAUUGAAGCUGCUGAGAAGAAAGAAAAAUGUGAACAAGAGACUUUGAAGUCCAAUGAAGCGAAAGCUUUGAAAGAAAAGGAGGAGAAACUGAGAACUGAACGCGAAGAGAAAAUGGAAUAUUGGACGGAGUUAUACGCAAUGAUGCGCGAAGAAGAAGAAGCAGCAUUGGCGGCUGCUGGCGAGCCCAUGCGCAAUUAUUUGGUACAUCACAUCUUCCCAACCCUCACUCCUGCUUUACUUGAAGUCGCUAAAUUACGACCUGAGGAUCCUAUCGAUUUCCUAGCGGAAAAAACUUUCAAGUUAAACCCACUUGGUGUGGCGUUGGAGGAAAAAUGCCAAUUAGACGAUGAAAGGACGAAAUUGGAGAACGAAUGUACUGACGAAAGGCCCAAGGAGGCCACUUUACAACGUAAAGCCGAUGCAGCCGUAACCGAAGACACUUCUAGUCUAACUAGUCUUGAUCGCAAAUAUGUUGACACACUAGGCGGCUACAAAUAUUCUUCAUAA